ACCAUCAUAUCCCGCUUACCGGGACGACAGUACGAGUACUGUAUUACUGUACAUGCCGGAUCCCAUUGUAUCCAAACACGGCAUAUCCUGUAUUGAAGCCACCCGAUCCCUUCAUGUCACCUUAUCCAUGCUUCCGUGUCACCGCCAUAGGAUGGAGAGAUGCCGUUCUAGGAGCCAAGGCGUGAAUUGUUUAGUACUCCAUUCACAUCUUUCUAAAUGUUGAAAGACCGCAUCGAAUUCACUUUGGUGCUCUCAAAACAUGCGAUGAGGAGCUGGAUGCAAGCAUAGAGAUGUAGAUCUGGUCACCUGUCUGUGCAUCGUCACCGAAUACCACCCCAGAGGAUGCGUCACUGCGGUUGUGAAGCUUCAUAUUCAAACCCCAGGACGACAUGGUGAAUUUAUGUAUAUGGAAAUUCAACUCCCGGAAUACCGUUCCCAGCAGGCUUGUAUUUCCACAACCGACCUGUGUUUCCACAGCCGACUUGUAUCUCCGCAAUGGAUCGAAAAGAAUAUUGAGAACGUUUCUUUCGCAUAUCACCCUUCUUCCUGUAUCACGUUCGCAAGUGUGUGCCAUCGCCAUUCAAAAGAUGGAUGGGAUCUCAAGCCAGCAUUGCUUAUUGAGGUGAAAUCCUCGAUGGAGCGCUACGUUUUUUGCCUGACCUUACAGCGGUGCUUACCAAAUCUCCCGACUCCUCGCUGCCACUUUCUUUUGCCGGCUCUAUUCAUAUUUGACGUCGCGUCUUGCUUUCUACUCUCCGGUUUGGAAUCCUUUUACCUGGACGCAAUAAUUCAUUCAAUGUUAAAGGUUAUUUUUGAGGGAUUGAUGAGGAGAGAUGAAAGUCUGGAACAGGCAACGAGCGCAAACAUUGCAGAGAGACGAUAUAUGGCGAAUGACUAUACCAACUGGAUGACGCGAAGAAUCGGACUUUCGCUCAUGCCUGCUCACCGUCUGUGGUCGACAACGCACAGCAAGCUUUUCAUUCAUUAUCCAUCCCCCGGCCUCACGUAGUAACUAGUAACUCUCAUUCUUCAUGUCAGAUUGCCGACUAGUACCUUCGUUGGUUUCAGCUGCCGCUAUCUCCGCCUCGCCUUCUGUGGCAGUUUGAGUUAUCGUCAG